UCGGUCAUAUGACGUCUUGAUCUUGUGACUGAAAUUUUGUGUAUUUGUUGCUGCUGAAAAUUUUGUGGUCCAAUCGCGCAAAAGAAGGCAAAGAUGAGAUACACGCUCGGUUACAUCUUCUCGACGUCGUUCGUGUCGGUAGCGACCGUAUUGAUACUUUACCAUGUCCUCACGGGCAAGGGCGAACGAGUUAGCGUUGGGUGGUUCCUGGAGGAAACCUCCCCGUACAUGUGGGCAACCCUGGGAAUCGGUUUCGCCGUGGCACUAUCCGUCGUUGGUGCGGCCAUGGGUAUCCACACGACCGGCGUGAGUAUCGUCGGUGGUGGUGUGAAGGCACCGCGCAUCAAGACGAAGAAUUUGAUCUCGGUUAUCUUCUGCGAGGCGGUCGCAAUCUACGGUCUGAUCACAGCCAUCGUACUGUCUGGUAUGCUGGACAGCUUCAAGUGGUCCGUAGUGGCGGGCAAUGAGAACAUCCGCAACAACAACUGGAUGUCCGGUUAUGUAAUGUUCGGUGCUGGAAUGGCCGUCGGAUUGGUGAAUCUGUUCUGCGGUAUUGCCGUCGGUAUCGUAGGAUCUGGUGCGGCCUUGGCCGAUGCUGCCAACUCGGCCCUGUUCGUUAAGAUUCUGAUCGUUGAAAUCUUCGGUUCCGCCAUUGGUCUGUUCGGUCUGAUCGUCGGUAUAUACAUGACCUCAAAGGUGAAGAUGGGUGACAAGGAGUAAGCAGUAUAUAAUGGGGAUGGCAUACCGACGACACCAUAUGUCAACCAGAAAGCACAAUUGCCAGCCAUUUCCCCGAAGAAAACGAGUGUAUGAAGUCCUACAGAAAUGAAUUCCAAAAGUAUUCUACAAUUCAGCCACCCAAUAUCGGCCACAGCAAAAAAGCGAGGACCUAUCAUGGAUGAUUGUGUUUAAGAUUAUUGUUAUUUAAUUUGCUAGAACCAAUCCUCGACGAUCGCCGUCACGAGGACAGUACUGUUUGUUUGGCCAUUCCAAGUAUGUAAAGUAUGGGCACCGUUUUAAGAUUCGAGCUUCCCUACCCCGUGAUGCGUCAUCCCACGGACGGACCUGUCCGACAAUUCCAUCAAUUAUCCAUCACGUCCUGUCGUACGCCGUUGCAUGCUGCGGGGGAAAUUUGAAACACGGGAACUUGGGAAGAAAAUGCGUUCAUCAUCCGCAAUGUUGUAUUUCCUGUCGCUGUGUAUAUUGAUAAAACUCCCGUUUGCGAUGAUAUACUUUAUUUUGUUUCGUUAUGCAUUACUUAUUUUUCUCCUACUCUUCUGUCCGAUAGGAUUCAUUGUGUAUAGACAAGAACGGAAAUGUACUUGAUGUAUGUAACAUUACUCACCCCAAUUCCUUCCUCCCAUAGCUUAAUUGUGAGACUCGAUCAAAGAAUGUGCGAUGUAUCGAACGCAAUGAGUAUAUAAUAAACUUCUCUCCCAA